UGACCGAAUUUUUUUUUUAUUUUCCACGUACUCCUGGAAAUCUGCUUAUCAGCGGCGACAGUUUGGCAACGUAUUGCAAUUUGCAUUAUUUACAAUCGGUUCUCUGCCUCUCUGGUUUGCUUUUUGACUAGCUGCUGUAGCCCAUUAUCGCCGGCGGCGACAAUAUUAUUUCGUCCAGUUUUGCCCCGCCGAGAAUAAUUGCUCGAAAUCGAUAUCGUUAAUAACGUUUUACCGAGACUUGACGUAAAAGAGCCAAAACGCAGCUCGUGUUGUUUCGCCAAGUCUCAGAGCAUAAUAUUCUGACGGCCCGGCGGCCGACGGUCGACACACUCGACACUGAAUAACGUUUCUCUUUCUCCGACGGACCAGUGGAACGACGAGCGCGCGCACCGCACCGCCCACACCGCUCCAUUCGUACGCACGCACGCACGCACAGCGACACAGUAGCGCACGACGAACUACGGACACACGACUACACGAGUACGACACGACACAGUCGACACACCACACACAGUCCGAGUGCCCGACAGCCGUCUGUCCGCCGCAGUCGGUGUAUUCGCUCGCAAACGCCUGAUCGUGCCGACCUCGUCGCCGGACGAAAGAUGCUCAUCAAAGAGUUCCGUGUGGUACUACCCUUAACAGUUGAAGAGUAUCAAAUUGCUCAACUGUACUCUGUAGCCGAAGCCAGUAAAAACGAAACUGGUGGUGGAGAAGGUAUUGAAGUGUUAAAAAAUGAACCAUUUACCAAUUAUCCCCUUUUGGGUGGAAAAUAUUCAGAAGGACAGUAUACUUAUAAAAUUUAUCAUUUGGCCAGCAAAGUACCUGGAAUGAUAAAACUUUUGGCACCUAAAGGAGCAUUAGAAGUUCACGAAGAAGCAUGGAAUGCUUACCCUUACUGCCGAACUGUGAUUACAAAUCCAAAUUAUAUGAAAGAAAAUUUCAGUAUAGUCAUUGAAUCGUAUCACAUUGCUGAUAGAGGUACACAAGAAAACGUUCAUGAAUUAUCUCCUGAAAAACUAAAACAGCGAGAAGUACAAAUAAUUGAUAUUGGUAAUGACUCUAUUUCAUCUUCAGAUUACAAAGAAGAUGAAGAUCCUAAAAAAUUUAAAAGUCAGAAAUCUGGAAGAGGUCCUCUCCAAGGAAAUUGGAUUGAAACAGCUAACCCAGUUAUGACUUGUUAUAAAUUGGUAUCUGCAGACUUCAAAUGGUUUGGGCUGCAAAACCGAGUAGAAAACUUAAUUCAAAAAUCAGAACGUCGUCUGUUCACUAACUUCCAUAGACAAGUAUUUUGUUGGAUGGAUCGUUGGCAUGGGCUUACGUUACAAGAUAUUCGUGAAAUUGAAGAAAAAACUCGAGAAGUAUUAGACAGGCAACGGAAUGAAGGAACUGUUAGAGGAAUGAAAGCAGAUGCUGAUUAAAACAUUUUUGAAAGCUAAACAAACCAAUCCAAAUGCCUAAAAUCGUUUUGAAAAUUAAACCAUAUUUAUUCUAACACCAACCAAAUUGAAUAAAAACAAAAUAAUACCAGAUCUAGUAAUUUUUAUCACUUAGUCUAAUUUUAACUUCAAUUUUACAAAUUAUAUUAUACAUUUUAUUCUAAAAUAACAUUCUUACUACAAAUAUACUCAAAAUUGUCACAAUAUUUCUUAGGGAAAUUAGCUCUUUUUAAAAGUACUACGAUUAUAGGUACUUACCAACAUUUAUUUUUAAAAAUGAUUAUUACUUUUUGAUAAUUUAUUGAUUUAUAGAAAGCCAAGUCAUUCCACUUUCUAUUUAUUUUGUUAUCCGUUCUUCCUCUUGUGUUUUACUUAAUAAUUGGUAUAUGGAUUCACAGUGUUUGUGAAUAUUCAUGGUGAUUGUAUACAAGUAAUCAUAGUCAAAAUCAAUUUUUAGUUGUCAAAAUGAUUAAUUAUCUUAACAAAUGUACAUUUGUUAAACAAAAAAAAAAAAAAAAAUGUUGCGAAAAUUCGGUGAUUUAAAAUUUAAUUAAGUUUUAAUUUUAUGGUUACCAUGUUAAAAAAUAUAUUUAAGCAAUACACAUGUCUGUGUACAAACAUUAUUGUAAUACCCAUUUCAAUUUUAAUUAUUUUCAAUAUUAAUAGUUAAUUCACUGAAAUGUUUAGUAAAGUUGACAAUUUAAAACUUGACAAUAAUAGCAUUACAUAUAUGCGUAAAUUAUUUGAAAAUGUAUUAAAUAAUAAUUGUUGAACGUUAGACUAGUGAAUUUCCAUGUCAUUGAAGUACAAAUUGCAGAUAUGUAGAAUGUAUACUGAUUUUUUCAAUAGUGCAAACUGGAUUGUCCGUAUUUUACUAUUCGUUGGCUAUGAUAUAUGUUGAAUAGUUUUUUCACCACUUGAAAAUUAACUUACAAUAGUAAACUAGUGUAAUGUAAAAAAAAAACUUAAUAGUUUCAAUAAAUUUUAUUGUUAAAUUUUUUAUCUGAGAAUACUCGUAAUACAUUAUUUUGACACGUUAUUUAUUUCACCAAGUAUUACCAAAAUGUAUUACAAGUAAAUUUCAGUUGUACAUUGUAUAAUUAUUCAUAAUAGUUUCUCUAUAUUGUAAUAUUACCAUUUAAGUUGCAUUUAUAUGUCUUUGUAUUCACAAUUUUGAUAGACGUGAAGUUUGCAUAUAAUACAUUUUGUUUUUCUUGCAAGUAACCAUAUGCCAUAAGUUAUAAAUGUAAAUAGCCAUUAAUGAAAUGUGAGUUGCUUAUGAGUUAUGACACAUUUUAUUGGUAAUAAAUUUGAAAACAAAAAAUUA